AUGACAUCCAAACAACUCCCGCAUUUCUACAUCCCCGAUUGCCUGGUUCAUUGGCCCUGGCCGCGCCGCUUGAACAAACAUUAUCUUGAAGUCAAACCUGCUUCCACCGCCUGGAUGCAGUCGUUUCAUGCUCUCUCUGCUCAAGCGCAGUAUGCAUUCGAUCGUUGCGAAUUUAGUCUACUCGCAGCAUUGGCCUAUCCGGACCACGAUACAGCUCACCUGCGCACAACUUGCGACCUCAUGAACAACUUCUUCUAUCUUGACGAAGUAUCAGAUGUUGCACCCCUGGAGGAGGUGAAGGCGAUGGCAGAUAUCACCAUGGACGCGUUGCGGAAUCCGUGGCAACCACGUCCCGUCGGAGAGUGGAUCGGAGGGGAGAUCAUUCGACAAUUCUGGGAGCUAGCUGUCAAGACAGCUUCGUCAGAAUCUCAGAAGCACUUCAUCGAUGCUUACACACCGUAUACCCAAGCUGUUGUGCAACAAGCUCAGGACCGCCAGGAUGGCCACAUUCGGACAGUCAACGAGUAUUUCGCCAUACGUCGCAAGACCAUCGGCGUCAAACCAUGCUUCGUUAUGCUCGAACUUGCUCUGAACUUACCACAAGAAGUCUUGGAGCAUCCAGUGAUCAAGGAGAUGGAGAUGGCUGUGAUCGAUAUGAUCAGCAUGACCAACGAUAUCAUGAGCUACAACAAAGAGCAAGCGCGGGGUGACGACAACCACAAUAUCAUCACAUGUCUUAUGCAUCACCUUCGCACAGACAUCCAGGGCGCCAUGGAUUGGGUCGAAGAGCAUUAUCGUGGCGUCGGAGCUCGAUUUCUGGACCUAUACUACCACAGUAUCCCGAAAUACCAUUCGGCCAACAUUGAUGCGGAUGUGGCAAAAUACGUCGAUGGCCUUGGGAACUGGGUACGGGCUACUGACCAGUGGAGUUUCGAGUGCGGACGUUACUUCGGCAAGGACGGGCUUGAGAUACUCAACAAGCGUUGGGUGACGCUGUUGCCCAAGAGAACGAAGGACAUAAAUGUUGCACCCCGGGCGAUUGCGGACCCCAUUCACCUCGUGUAG